CAGCAGUCAAACACCGGAAGCAUCGAGCGGCCGCUGCUCAAAACAAACCGGAGAAAGAAAACGGAAAAAGACCCACCGAACACCGGAGGAGCGGACAGACGGAAGGUGACCGACAGGAUGGCCGGGUCAAAACUCACACUGUGACGUCACCAGCUGUCUCAGGUGUCAGUGAUGCAGCUCCCCCUGGUGGUGACGGCCCAGGUAGACGUGGUCCUGCUGCUGGUGUCCCUGCUGUCCCUCUGGACCCGACUGAGCCGCCUCAGUUACCCCAAUGCUGUGGUGUUCGAUGAGGUGUACUACGGUCAGUUUGUGUCUCUCUACAUGAAGAGAGUUUUCUUCAUCGAUGACAGCGGUCCACCGCUUGGUCACAUGAUCCUGGCCCUUGGAGCGUACCUGGGAGGAUUCGACGGAAACUUUGUGUGGAACAGAAUCGGAGCAGGUACUGUAAACACCACCCACCCCUCCACACCAGUCUGAACCAGUUAAAACUGGUCGGAACUGGUUUUGGUGAGUGUGUUUGUUUUGUAGUACGGAGUAUCUCUGCAGUGUGGGUGCGUUUGUUUUGUAGUACGGAGUAUCUCUGCAGUGUGGGUGCGUUUGUUUUGUAGUACAGAGUAUCUCUGCAGUGUGGGUGUGUUUGUUUUCUAGUACAGAGUAUAUCUGCAGUGUGGGUGUGUUUGUUUUGUAGUACAGAGUAUCUCUGCAGUGUGGGUGUGUUUGUUUUGUAGUACAGAGUAUCUCUGCAGUUU